AUGGACUUUCUGGUCAAUGAGCUUCACGAAUUGAUGGAAGACGUGCCUUUCAAUUUGAGGCAGAAUAUAUGGCUCCAGUUGAAUGGCUGCCUCCCUCAUUCCCUCAUUAUGCUAGAAACGUCCAUGGGUGGCUUGAUAACAAUUGUGCUGGGCGGUGGAUUGGCCGAGGGGGACCCAAUAAAUUUAGUCUGCUUGUUCUGUUGUCAGGAAGACUCGAGUGGAAAUGAAACAUACAGCAGCUGUGAAGCCUAUGCAGUGAACUGGUCGCAAGUGGCAUCAGUUGAGGAUCUAGUGCCAGACAGCAGUUGGCCCAAACAGCCAUGCUUAUUUGGAUGGGAAUACAGUAAAGACGAAUAUCAAUCCUCUAUUGUAAUCGAUUUUGAUUUGGUUUGUGAAAAAAAGAUCUACCCAACCAUAGGAUUAGCGGCUUUAAACACAGGAGGGCUUAUAGGUGUCUAUAUGUUUGGCAUCAUCAAUGACAAAUUUGGUAGGAGACAUUCAUUUUUCCUGUGCCUGUCAGUGCUUAUAUUUGGAAAUGUGUCAUCGGCGUUGAUGACAAAUUUCUGGAGUUGGGCCGCUUGUCGGUUCAUUGCAGGACUCACCAUUCCCGCUAUCUAUCAGAUUCCAUUCAUCAUUUCGUUGGAACUGGUUGGGCCAAACUAUCGGUCGUUCGUGACAGUCAUGACCUGCAUGUUCUACACAUUCGGGCUCAUAUUUCUGGCGGCCAUAACCUAUAUGGAGAGGGAUUGGACCCAAUUAUCAAUUGUUACAUCUUUACCAUUUGUCGUGUACUACAUUUACUGGUGGUCAGUUAGUAUUUCUUUCUGCUUUAACAAAAUACCGAGCUAUUUGACGUGUUGGGUGGUGAUGGAUCGCUGGGGAAGGAGGUGGCCCCUCUCUAUAUGCAUGAUACUCAGUGGCAUAUCAUGCGUCAUUACAGUGCUACUUCCACCAGAUGCUGUGACCUUGACGUUGGUGCUUUUCUUAUUCUCAAAGUUCACCAUUUCUGCUUCAUUCUUGAUCAUCUACCCUUUCGCUGGAGAACUUUAUCCUACUCAACUUCGGGGAGUUGGAAUUGGAGCAUCAGCUUACAUAGGUGGCAUUGGAAUGAUCAUGAUUCCUUUCAUCACUUAUUUGGGUACAGACAACCUGAUACUUCCAUUAGUAAUAAUGGGUUGCGUGUCGGUGAUUGGCGGCGUGACAGGGUUGCGUCUGCCUGAGACCCUGCACCAUCGACUGCCGCAGACCUUGGAGGAGGGAGAAGAGUUCGGCAAAGACUGGACCAUCACCGAUUGUCUUCAGUGCAUUCCAAAGAAGCCAUCUUCAACUUCUGGCUCAUACGAGGACCUAGACAAAACUCGAGUUGAUUUGGAAAUGAGAGAGGAGAUUCCAGUGCAGGAGACGCCACUCUUUGGCAAACCUCCGCCUAAGCUGGUCAGACAGGCAUCAAUCAUGGAAACUCCUCUAGAUGCAUCUGGCAGUAUGAAAAUGACUUACUGGUUUUAGAGUAGAGAUGGUUCAUGUUUGUUUCACGAACUCUAUAAUAUGUAAACUUUGUCUGUUUUAUGAACUCUGUAUAGUUGUUGAAGUUGAAAAAUUGAGUGGUUAAAGAUAUACAAAGAAAGUGAUCCCAGAAUGAAAGAAAACAAUCAGUUAGUCUAUACCAUAGAGAAACAAUGGCAUAAGGUAUUGUUUCUCUAUGUCUACACUAAAUAUUUCAUAUUAAUAAAAUCUUUAAUGUUUACAUUGAGGAAUAAUGCAGUGCCGUUGUGUCGUUUCCCUGUAGGUUCUUUAGUGAGAUCCACGUUUUGAAGUCAGCAUCUGAUGAUUAACAUUGGUUUAUUACUUUUCUUGUGUUGAGAAAAAGCAGAUACUUCAUCCUUAUCUAACUCCUUUCCAAAUUGUUAAUAGGCGAUGUAGAAAUAUAAUGAGCUACCAGAAUAAGUAAUAUCAGUUGAAAAAUCUAUUAUUAAAAUAAUCAUGCAGACAUAUUUCCUUAAUGAAUAAAAUAUAUUUGAGCAAUUCAUGAUUAUUAACAAGAAUGUACAAUAAUUAAUAUUAAAUCAGAUAAGACGAAUACAUUAUUGAAAGCGGGGAAAAGGAAACGUAGCUAGAUUGAUUUAUGAAACAGAAACAUUUGAAAUAGCAUAGCAUGAUUAUGCUGUUUCGAGCCAAUUAAUUUAAUUCAGUUGUACAAUUUCAAAUCAUUAUUUGUAGACUUAUUGUUUUGAAUAAAAUGUUCAUGACCAAAAA